GUUGCCCGAUGGAUCAUUAGUUAUUUAUGUGGAAGUGUAAACUUUUACACUUUUGGAAAGCAUUACGCGUUGGUAGUUUUGUAAGCCGAAUUGGGGUCGGCCUCGUGGCUUCGCUAAGAUCCCUGCACUGCUUUAGCCCUAAACGGCAAAGAGAGUCGGAAAAUCCUGUUGACAGACUGUGCCAGGAGUGGUAGGCCAUGGUAACUUGGCCCUAAUUGAUUUAUACCAACCUGCUUCUGUGGUUUAUAAAUUAUCAAAUUCUUCUAUUGAUGAGUUUAUAAUCACGCUACAAUGCCCCUAUAAAAGGCUCUAUAGAUAAUCAAGGACCCAUAGUUUCAACUUAUAACUGAACCAUGCGAAGGCUACGCACAAUCUUUCCGGCUAUGUAUACGCGGUCCGCCGACAUUCCGGCACGCUCCCGGGACGCAACUCUUUACUUGCUGCGAUGCAUCUUUCUGAUGGGCGUGCGUAAGCCUCCGGCACGGUUCUUCCUGGCCUACUUGGCUUGGUCCUUCGCACUGAACCUUUGCUCCACUUUCUACCAGCCCAUUGGCUUUUUAACAGGCUACAUCAGCCAUUUGUCGGAAUUCUCACCGGGAGAGUUCCUAACCUCCCUGCAAGUGGCCUUCAAUGCUUGGUCUUGCUCCACAAAGGUGCUGAUUGUGUGGGUACUGGUAAAGAGAUUCGAUGAGGCCAACACCAUUCUUGACGAGAUGGAUAAGCGACUGACGAAGGCCUCCGAGCGGCUGCAGGUUCAUCGCGCCGUCUCAAACAGCAACCGCAUAUUCUUCUUCUUCAUGACCGUGUACAUGGUUUAUGCAACGAACACGUUCCUCUCGGCGAUUGCGAUCGGCCGGCCACCAUAUCAGAACUACUAUCCCUACCUAGACUGGCGUUCCAGCUACUGGCAUCUGGGACUGCAGGCCGGCUUGGAGUACUUUGCCAUGGCAGGCGCCUGCUUUCAGGACGUUUGCGUCGACUGCUACCCCGUAAACUUCAUCCUAGUCCUGCGGGCCCACAUGUCCAUCUUUGCCGACCGCUUGCGUCACCUUGGCACGGAUCCUAUGGAAAACCAGGAGCAGCGCUACGAAAAACUAGUUCAGUGCAUUCAAGAUCACAAGGUUAUCCUGCGCUUUGUUGACUGCCUACGUCCCGUAAUAUCAGGGACUAUCUUCGUGCAAUUCCUAGUAGUGGGUCUGGUGCUGGGCUUCACCCUGAUUAACAUCGUGCUUUUUGCCAAUUUGGGCUCUGCCAUUGCCGCUCUCUCCUUCAUGGCCGCUGUAUUGCUAGAGACAACGCCGUUCUGUAUCCUUUGCAAUUACCUCACGGAGGACUGCCACAACUUGGCGAAUGCUUUGUUUCAGUCUCAUUGGAUAGACGGCGAAAUGCGGUACAAGAAGACGCUCAUGUAUUUCCUACAGAAUCUGCAGCAGCCUAUCACCUUCAUGGCCAUGAACGUGUUUCCGAUAUCCGUUGGAACAAACAUCAGCGUCACAAAGUUUUCAUUCUCCGUCUUUACGCUUGUGAAGCAGAUGAAUAUUGCUGAGAAGCUUUCCAAGUCAGAGGAGGAUGAAUAGACGAAAAGUAAUAUUACAGUCCUUCAUUUACUGUACUUCACUACACUUUCCUGGUUUUGUAAGAUAAAUAUUGUCAAAAAAUUCCGUCAUAUUCUCUGUGAAAGUUUUCUAUCUUUUCUAAUAUCUUUUCUAAUUUUUUAAUAAUCUAAUAUCUUUUUUUAAUAAAUAAUACUGCGUUUAUAUGUAUGGUAAGAAAUGUUCGUCUGUUCUGCCAUCUAUCCGUAUAAACAUGUGGACCUCGGAGACUAUAAGAAAUAUAACAAUGUCAAUUUGCAUGUAGACCCCGUAUAUUAUCAUUAUCAUAAUUUGUUUUCAACUUCUUUUAGUAGUUUGGUUCGCCCUCAUACACUCUACGCCCAUUCCCUUUAUAAUAAUUAACAAAUGCUUAUUUUUUACU